AUCCGCAAGUAAGGAAAAUGAAAACAGCUAAGGCAUUAUCAAAAGGGUGACGCCAUUAUUAAGGAAAUAACUUAAUUAAACCAUCUCUAAGGCACAGACGCAAGAAGGGGGAGUCGUUUCAAAGACAAAUCCAACCAUGACAACAACUACUACUACUACUAUUAUUAUUGUUAUUAUACAUACUAGAUCUUUCCCACAACACAUACGAUACUGCAGAUAAUUUGUACAGGUAUGGCGUCUGCUGUGGACGUGACUAUUGCUGACAAGUGGGACUUACUAGAGGCAUUGUACAAACAUGGGUCUGACAUUGAUAUUUUAUGUGAACAUCUUCCCAACUGGACAAGGUCUCAGAUUGAACAAACACUCAAGCGGUUUAGGUUUCGUGCUAUAAGGAAUUUGCAGAAAGAAGAGAAUGAAGGCAAGGCAGCAGCCUUAAAUCAGUGGUACAAAGUGACAGAGAACCUCCACCAGCUUCAAGGUUCUACUAAUAGUCCUUGGUGGCGUACAGGUCGUGCAAAAGGAACAGAUGAACCCAAAGAUCACUCACCUGUUUUGAGUCAGGCACUGAAGUAUGCAGCUUUGUUUGAAGACCAUUAUCAAGGUUCAUCGCCAGAUGACCCAAAUUACAGUGAGAUAUACAUGUACUUGUCACAAAUAGUAGCAGGAAAGGAACCAACUCAAAUAAGUCCUGGAAGUGCUGCUAAGGUUUUAGAAAUGCUAGACAGGGUAAAAAAUGUGCUGUAUAGCUCCUCUACCAUGGAUUAUGCAAAUUAUUUUUUGAACCUUGAUUUAUCCUACCUUCCUUCGAAAGAAGCUGGGGGAGAAUCAUCAAAUAAAAAAAUGGGAAACUCCAGCAGGCUUGGAGAGGCUUCCUCUUCCCAGGCAUGCCCCCUCUUUGAAGAAGAGGAGGAGGAGGAGGAUGAGGCAGAGGAAAUAAGUAUGUCUUUGAAGCCUGAUGAUCCUUAUUAUGAAGUGAAGAAGGAAACUUUACUUAAAAAGAUAAAAGCAAAACAACUAGAAAUAAUCCCACAAGUUUCUUCAGUGCCUGGUUUUAAUCCAUUAGAAAUCCCUGCAGAACUUUUAGUGAAACCACCAGCUACUGCUUUAGAACCUCACUCGUUUUGAAAACCUAAUUUGUUGCUUCAAACUUUUCAAAAGGCUGACUGAAAAUUAAUUUCUUUGAUAUGGAGACUAAUGAAGGAAAAUUAAACAUUUUGAACAA